GAGGGCAAAAGCGAAGAGAGGCGCGCCGAGUUUGUCCCUCGCGGCGCCCCGUAGCCGCCGCUUUCUCCAUUUCGCUUUGCCUGGCCGCGAUGGGGAGCGCGAAGGGCGCCUCGGAGGGAGAGCGCCUUCGCUACGCCGAGUACAAGGGCGGCGGCGGCGGCGGCGGCGGGCCCGGCAUGAACGAGGGGCUGGUGAGUAGACGGGGUCGGAUGGGGGUGGGGGGUGCCUCAGCGGCGUGCGCACGCACCUUGCGGCCUAGCGGGAGUUGGGCGCCCACUCGAGCGCCCGGCUGUCGCCAUGGCGACGUCCCUCCGCCGCGCCUGCGCAGUAGGGAGGCCUCGUCCUGGCCUUCCUUUCUCGGUCGCCCCUCGUCAUUCUUGGGCGGCGCAGGACCCGCCGUCGCCCUUGCAGACCCCGCUGGUGCUCGGGGGGCGAGAAGCGGCGGCCUCCAGCUCCUCCUCCAACGUCGUUGACUCAGGCGGCCGGUCGGCCGUUAAACUGAAGCCCUUUCGAAAAGGGAACCCCCCCCCCCCAGCUCCCCACAGUCUCAUGAGAGGAAGCCCACCUCCUCAAAAGGCCGAGAGAGGAGGGCAGGGCCUGUGCGGAGACCCCCCUGCCCUAUGCCAGGGGUCAGCAAUCUUUUCCAGCCGUGGGCCGGUCCACCGUCCCUCAGAACAUGUGGGGGGCCAGACUGUAUUUUCGGGAAAAAAUGAAGGAAUUCCUGUGCCCCACAAAUAACCCCGAGAUGCAUUUUGAAUAAAAGUACAGUGGUACCUCAGGUUAAGUACUUAAUUCGUCCCAGAGGGCUAUACUUAACCUGAAACUGUUCUUAACCUGAAGCACCAAUUUAGCUUAAUGGGGCCUCUUCUGCCGCCGCGCCGCCGGAGCACGAUUUCUGUUCUCAUCCUGAAGCAAAGUUCUUAACCUGAAGCACUAUUUCUGGGUUAGCAGAGUCUGUAACCUGAAGCGUAUGUAACCUGAGGUACCACUGUACACAUUCUACUCCACUGUCCCCAAUUCCAAGGGGAACGCAAACCCUGGGUAUGUGCCUGGAAGUCCUGGAAUCUUGCCCUGCUUGGAGGUUGGGGUGGUGUGUGUCCAUUAUGCCUGCAGUGUGAGGGAGGCUGGCAUCUGCCCUUGCGGAAGCUCAGAGGGGCUGAGAGCAGACCCUGAGCCCUGCUGGGAUGUGGUAGUGGACAAGUCAUUCGUGGAGAAGCCUACCUGGAAGAUGGCUGAGAUGAGCUACAGAGAGAUCGAAUCGGAAAGCAAGCAAAAUGUUAGUUGAUUUGCACCCUGCAGCUUAAAAAAGGUACAGGAGCCCAGCAGAACAAGCGGCAUGGCGCGGAGGACACAGUCAUGGUGCUUUUGGUAUUGCAGGAAGACAGUCUGAGCAGCACAAACAACCACUGCACAGGGAGUGCCAUAGCAACUUCCCACACAGUUGUCUCCGUUGCUCUAUGUUCUCGCUCAACAGGGGAAAGGAGUCUGAGGGGAGGAUGCUAGGAGAGCCCUUCUCUCACAUGCGCUCUCAUAGUCACUUGUGCUCACAUACCUAUCAAGCACCAACAUUCGGGGCUCGUCUCUUGCAGCUGCUGACCAUUGCUUAUUCCAGGGGUCAGCAACCUUUUUCAGCUGUGGGCCGGCCCACCGUCCCUCAGACCAUGUGGUGGGCCAGACUAUAUUUUGAAGAAAAAUAAAUAAUGAACGAAUUCCUGUGCCCCACAAAUAACCCGCAGAUGCAUUUUGAAUAAAAGUACAGUGGUACCUCAGGUUACAUAUGCUUCAGGUUACAGACUCUGCUAACCCAGAAAUAGUGCUUCAGGUUAAGAACUUUGCUUCAGGAUGAGAACAGAAAUCGGGCUCCGGCGGUGUGGCAGCAGCAGGAGGCCCCAUUAGCUAAAGUGGUGCUUCAGGUUAAGAACAGUUUCAGGUUAAGAACGGACCUCCGGAACAAAUUAGGUACUUAACCUGAGGUACCACUGUACGCAUUCUACUCCACUGUCCCCAAUUCCAAGGGGAAUGCAAACCUUAGGUAUGUGCCUGGAAGUCCUGGAAUCUUGCCCUGCUUGGAGGUUGGGGUGGUGUGUGUCCAUUAUGCCUGCAGUGUGAGGGAGGCUGGCAUCUGCCCUUGCGGAAGCUCAGAGGGGCUGAGAGCAGACCCUGAGCCCUGCCGGGAUGUGGUAGUGGACAAGUCAUUCGUGGAGAAGCCUACCUGGAAGAUGGCUGAGAUGAGCUACAGAGAGAGUGAAUCGGAAAGCAAGCAAAAUGUUAGUUGAUUUGCACCCUGCAGCUUAAAAAAGGUACAGGAGCCCAGCAGAACAAGCGGCAUGGCGCGGAGGACACAGUCAUGGUGCUUUUGGUAUUGCAGGAAGACAGUCUGAGCAGCACAAACAACCACUGCACAGGGAGUGCCAUAGCAACUUCCCACACAGUUGUCUCCGUUGCUCUAUGUUCUCGCUCAACAGGGGAAAGGAAGUCUGAGGGGAGGACACUAGGAGAGCCCUUCUCUCACAUGCGCUCUCAUAGUCACUUGUGCUCACAUACCUAUCAAGCACCAACAUUCGGGGCUCGUCUCUUGCAGCUGCUGACCAUUGCUUAUUUCAGGGGUCAGCAACCAUUAUCAGCUGUGGGCCGGCCCACCGUCCCUCAGACCAUGUGGUGGGCCAGACUAUUUUUUGAAGAAAAAUAAAUAAUGAACAAAUUCCUGUGCCCGACAAAUAACCCGCAGAUGCAUUUUGAAUAAAAGUACAGUGGUACUUCAGGUUACAUAUGCUUCAGGUUACAGACUCUGCUAACCCAGAAAUAGUGCUUCAGGUUAAGAACUUUGCUUCAGGAUGAGAACAGAAAUCGGGCUCCGGCGGUGUGGCAGCAGCAGGAGGCCCCAUUAGCUAAAGUGGUGCUUCAGGUUAAGAACAGUUUCAGGUUAAGAACGGACCUCCGGAACGAAUUAGCUACUUAACCUGAGGUACCACUGUACGCAUUCUACUCCACUAUCCCCAAUUCCAAGGGGAACGCAAACCCUGGGUAUGUGCCUGGAAGUCCUGGAAUCUUGCCCUGCUUGGAGGUUGGGGUGGUGUGUGUCCAUUAUGCCUGCAGUGUGAGGGAGGCUGGCAUCUGCCCUUGCGGAAGCUCAGAGGGGCUGAGAGCAGACCCUGAGCCCUGCUGGGAUGUGGUAGUGGACAAGUCAUUCGUGGAGAAGCCUACCUGGAAGAUGGCUGAGAUGAGCUACAGAGAGAUCGAAUCGGAAAACAAGCAAAAUGUUAGUUGAUUUGCACGCUGCAGCUUAAAAAAGGUACAGGAGCCCAGCAGAACAAGCGGCAUGGCGCGGAGGACACAGUCAUGGUGCUUUUGGUAUUGCAGGAAGACAGUCUGAGCAGCACAAACAACCACUGCACAGAGAGUGCCAUAGCAACUUCCCACACAGUUGUCUCCGUUGCUCUAUGUUCUCGCUCAACAGGGGAAAGAAGUCUGAGGGGAGGACGCUAGGAGAGCCCUUCUCUCACAUGCGCUCUCAUAGUCACUUGUGCUCACAUACCUAUCAAGCACCAACAUUCGGGGCUCGUCUCUUGCAGCUGCUGACCAUUGCUUAUUCCAGGGGUCAGCAACCUUUUUCAGCCGUGGGCCAGUCCACUGUCCCUCAGACCAUGUCGGGGGCCGGUCUGUAUUUUUUUUUGGGGGGGGGGGGGGAUGAACGAAUUCCUAUGCCCCCAAAAUAACCCAGAGAUGCAUUUGAAAUAAAAGCACAUAUUCUUGGCGGAAAUGACUGGCAGAAUCCGAGACCAGGGAGAAGAGUCGGUGGAAGAAGAUUGGAAGAAAUUUAAAGACUAUUUACAGAAAUAUUGCAAAAUUAAUGAAUGUUAGAAUGAUGUUGGAUUGAAGUUAAGUGGUUUCUGGCUGUACUGGUAUAAAAGAAUAUGGAAAAAUUGGUUUUUAAUACGUAAAAAUUUAACGUUAUAAUAUAUCAAGAUUAAAGAUCAGGAUUAAAAAGGAGGGAAAGGAAUUGCUGGACUAACAAAUUGAAUUGGAAUACAAAAGAGGGAGGUAUGAGGAGGUCCGGGAAACAAGUAAACGUAAGAGAAGUGAUGAAAAGAUGGAAUUGUUUUUAACUGUUUUUUUCUUUUUUGUAUUUUGUAUUUUUCUUUCUUUAUUGUUAUUUUUCUUAUUAAUGUAAUCUUUUUCUUCUGAAAUUUUAAUAAAUAUCAUUUUUUAAAAAAUGAAAUAAAAGCACAUAUUCUACUCAUGUAAAAACACGCUGAUUCCCGGACCGUCCGCGAACCGGAUUGAGAAGGCGAUUGGGCCGCAUCUGGCCCCUGGGCCUUAGGUUGCCUACCCCUGCCCUACGCUCAAACUGGUGCUAGGGGGGAAUUUUUUGGGGGGGGGUGUUCUUCCCAACUUCGCCACCCAAUUCUGGCCAAUGAGCAUUGCAAGCAUCUAGGCACUUUCCCCACUUGGGGUUUCUGGUGUUGGCAGUUCCUUAUGCGAAUUUCCACGACUUCAUGAAAACAUAAAAGAGUAUUUCUAUAGGGUGCUUACGCCUGUCAACCCAUCGUGCCACUGGGCACACUGAUUUGUGCAGAUAGGCGAGAAGAAAAGUGGAAAUGUUCUUUCGCUUUGUUAGCUAGAGAUAUAUAGCACUGGUUCUUAACAGGAUUGGCUUGUGAGGCUUCAGUAUUUGCUCCAGUGGCCAGAUAGAUGUAAGUUUUGUUAUAUGUUUAUAUCCUGCUCCCCCCCCCCCCGAUAGAGUGACUUACAGAUAAAAUAGAAACAGCUAAAAAUGGGGGGGGGGCGAAGCAAUCAUUAGAAAGCAAUUAAACAAAAAUAUAAGUAGAACAACAUAUCUAUAUGAUCUAUUAAAACAGUUAAUUACAAUAAAUAUACCACAGCACCAACCCUCUGGUUUGUCAUACAAAUAUUUUGCCUUUUACACCAUUCAGUUACUAAGCUUGCUUUCACCUGCCCAACCCAUUUCUGAAGCCAGUUCUUCUAUUCUGCAGUCCAGUUUUGCACUUCUGUUUUCUUCCUCCUACACAUUUAACAUAGUUAAAUAUAUUAAAGCAACUGGUUUUGUUCUUAUUUGAGAAACAAGCUCCUACCCAGUUACAACUUUUUAAUGACAGGAUUUCUGUACAGGACUUAUGACAGCUUGAUGACAGGCAGAGGUCAGAUUGCUGGAACCUCCCCAUUUCAGACAUAUGGUGAUAAAAUAAGCAUCACCAGUUGAAUUUCUACCUGAUCUACAUAUGCUGCAGCCGCAGGUGUUCGCCAGGAAAAAGAUGGCAUUCCUAUACCCAGAAAGUUACCUAGAACAUGUUACAUACCUUUCUGUCACAGCUGAUAAGCUGAUGGAAAAGCGUAAAUACAAAAUGGGCAUUUUGAGGGAUAGUCAUGUUAUAUUACAUUAUAUACAUUUAUAUUAAGUUUGUAUACCACCCUUUCUUGCAAAUUAAUACUAUGGCAUUUUAAAGACGCGGGUGGCGCUGUGGGUAAAACCUCAGCGCCUAGGACUUGCCGAUCGCAUGGUCGGCGGUUCGAAUCCCGCGGCGGGGUGCGCUCCUGUCGUUCGGUCCCAGCGCCUGCCAACCUAGCAGUUCAAAAGCACCCCCGGGUGCAAGUAGAUAAAUAGGGACCGCUUACCAGCGGGAAGGUAAACGGCGUUCCGUGUGCUGCGCUGGCUCUCCAGAUGCAGCUUGUCACGCUGGCCACGUGACCAGUGUCUGCGGACAGCGCUGGCUCCCGGCCUAUAGAGUGAGAUGAGCACACAACCCUAGAGCCUGGCAAGACUGGCCCAUAUGGGCAGGGGUACCUUUACCUUUACUAUUUUAAAGACCUAAGCAGCCCACUUUGUCAGACUGCUGUAUGCAUCUGAUGAAGGCAACUGUAACCUACAAAUGUUUGUUUUGCUUAGGCUACAGUGUCAUAGGUCUGGCAUCUCCUUGUUUUAUUGUGAUGAAUCCCUAAUACUGGAGCCCCAUUAGUUGUAUUUUUACAAGAAAACAUUACUUAGUGGACAUGGCAGCCAUCAAGGGAGAGAGGGAGGGUAGGGCUUACAUUAAUCUUUAUGUUUUAAGAGAUUCUCAAAUUCUGGAUAUUAAAAGGAAGGUCUGCAAAAUGAAUUAACAUUUACAUAGUUAGUUUUCCACUGCUAUCUUGCAAAUCGAAAGCAUGCUGCUGGAGAGACUGCUCAAAAAUAAUGAAUCACAAUCCCAUUUGUCUGAGAGUAAGCCUUUUUGAAUUCAGUAACAUCUAUUUCUAUUUAGAAAUGAUUAGAAUUGUGCUCUUAGGCCCGUUCUUCCAAUAAUUUUGAUUUAAUAGGCAAAUUUAACUGUGACUGCAGUACUUGCUGAAGCUGCGACAUAUUGGGUUAAGAGUAUAUAUAGAUAUACAUACUGGUAUUUAUAAAUACUUAUUGUUGGUCACUGUCAGGGAACUGCCAUCGGAAGGAAGGGAGGUGAAAGGGCUCACACAGGUUGGGAGAGACUCAGCAGCUGAAGAGGGAACCAGUAGGGGGAGAGGAGCUGAGCUGAGGGAAAGUGAGCUGGAGGGAUGGCUCAGAGACACUUCCAGCGAAAACAGUGGGGAGGUUUCAGGACCUCCUGUAGGAACACCCACUCCUCGCCGGAAACUGUCACGCAGAGAGUCCAGAAGACGUGUUUCCGUUAAGGAGCUUUUAUGUUGGAAGCGAUUCCGAAAGCAACCACUGUCGGAAUCUGCUAGUGACUAGAGGAGCCAUGUCUGAGGGGCUCCGUCACAGACAGAGGUUUGUGGACUUGAACAAACUCUGAGGGGAUACUAUUUUACGCACAAGCAGCUCCUCAUCCCAUCACAGCAUUCCGACAGUCUUUGAAAGCAGCUUGUGCAGGAGAAGGCAUCAUGAGCAACCCAGCCGGAACCGGAGAAGCAGGAGCUGGAGCGGGUCCAAGCCUGGAAGAAAGGUACCGGGUGUUGGAGGUCCAGCUAGCGCUGCAGACGGCGAGGCUUGAGGAGAGGAGGGCUCAGGAUGCAGACAAAAGGGAAAGCCACCCAGCUCGCCAGAAAGGUGCCAGGAUUGGUGCAGAAGUUUGGGGGGGAGCCCAAAGACUAUCAUGGCUUUCGGACAGAGAUGCAAUAUGCCCUCAAUCUGCAGUUUGAUGAAUUCCUGACGAGGAAUCACGAGUGGCUUUCGUGAUUGGGCAUCUUGAAAAGGGGGCGAGAGACUGGGUUAGACCCCUGAUGGCAGCGAAUAGUGACGUCCUAAAGGACACGAUGAAGUUCUUUCGCGCCAUGGAUCUGAUGUUUUCCAUCGAUAUUGAACAGGGAGUGGUGCGCAGACAGUUAAUGGCUUGCAAACAGGGGAGCCGAUCUGUCCGUGAGUACUGGACUGAGUUCACCAUGCUGGUUCACAGAUUGGGGUGGGACUUAUCGGCGGAACCCAUUCAAAUGCUCUUUGAAGAAGGGCUUUCUUCGGCUGUGAAAGACGAACUUUCCCGGGCGCCCAGGGCGGAGUCUAUGGACCAGCUGACCAAAUCAGCGCUGACCAUAGGAGCGCGCCAGGAGGCGAGAGCAUUGGAGAGGCGGGAAGGGAAGGGGGAACGUUGGAAGGAGUUCCGCAUUCCAGACAUUCCAGAGCCAACUUUCCCGCCGGCAGAGCCGAUGGAAAUCGGAACAGCGCGCGCGCGCGCAGUUUCAAAGCCCAGUGAGGGGGGACAGAAGGAGGGAAAACGCGCCCGGAAAUGCUAUCUCUGCCAACAGCCAGGUCACUUUGCCAGAGUCUGCCCCCAGAGGAAGGAAUGGCAAGGGAUGGUAGGAGCUGUGGAGGGAAGAGAGGAAGAAAUACCGGAGCAAGUACGAAGGCCACAAAGAGUCUGCUCUUAUACGCUUUUGCAUAUUUAGCUACCAGGGUCUGUAGUACCAUACAGUGACCUAUCGUAUUGUGGCCCUUUCUAAAUCCUGCCUGUUCCUGGUUGAACAGGUUAGAAUGGUCCGCCCAAUCUACCAGCUUGUUUAAUAGGUACCGGGUAUAGAGUUUGUAUGCGAUGUCCAGAAGGCUUAUAGGGCGGUAGUUUGCUGGAUCUUGAAUGUCUCCCUUCUUAUAGAUAGGGACUACCACACUUAGUUUCCAAUUUGCUGGGAUUUUACAUGUGUUGUUCAUUGCCGUAAAAGUUUGGCCAAAAGAUGGCCCACCAUUGGGCAUUUAAUUUAAAAACCUCAGGGGGAUCAUGUCCUCGCCAGGAGCUUUGCCAUUUUUUAAGUUUUAAUUAGCUGUAGGCACUCUGAUUCCGUAACAGGAUCCCAACUAACUAGAUGCUCAUUCUUCAAUGGGAGGAGCGGACUCAAAUUAGCAGUAUUUGAGAGUGUGUAUAGCUUGAGAAAAUGUUGAUACCACACAUCGGAUGGAAUACUGCUGUUUACAAUUUUUCCUUUGGAUGAGACUCCCUGUGCUACUAUUGCCCAGAAUUUUCUAUCGUCUCGCGAUUUAAUCGCCAUAUCAAGUGCCUCCCAUUGUUUCUUCCUGUAAAGGGAUUUCUUGAGUUUUAAGGUGUAUUUAUAGUGAGAGCGCCAUCUGUGGAAAUUUACCAUAGAUGACAAUGUCCUCUCCUGUUUUACCUUAUUUUGUUGUUUCCUAAGCAGGGAUCUUAGCUUCCGGCAGUCUUUGUCAAACCAGGCCCCCCGAUUUGUUAUGUUGUAUGGGAGGCCUGGUGUUUAUAAGAAAUGGGAAAAGGGACUCUGAGACCCGCUGAUAUAGUGAAAAAGGAUCAGAGUUAGGUAAAAGACACUGGUCUCUCAGAACCAAUAGAUCUGGAGAGUGCAGGUGUUGAUUAAUUUUAAGCGGAGCAAGUAAAAGCCAACGCCUGGCUGCCACCGUCGGGGCACAGCAGCCAGGCCAAAGAGCAGUGAGAGUGCCCACGCCAGAACCUCCUAAACCCGCCCUAGUGAUAGAAGUGGCGCUAGAGCUGCCAAACGGACACCCUCUAAAGAUAAAGGCGCUGUUGGACUCAGGCAGCUCCUGCAAUUUCAUGAGCAAAGAGUUUGCAGCUGAACACCAGAUACAGACGAUCCCUUUAAGCAACCCCCUGCAGGUGACCACGAUCGAUGGCAGGGAGCUGUUGGGAGGAGAAGUCAGCUUGCAGACCGUCCCAAUGAUAAUGAAGGUGGCAAGGCACACCCGAACUGAUAGCGUUUAAUGUGGCCACCUUGGGAGGAGCUCCCAUUAUAUUGGGGAUGAGCUGGCUAGCGUUACAUGAUCCGCUGGUGGGCUGGCAUCAGAGAGUGGUUUCUUUUGGUUCAGCACAUUGCUUAGAACACUGCAAAGAGGGAAAGGGUUUGGCAGGGGCCCAAGCCACCCUAGCAGGGACUGAAGUAACGGAGAACGUGAAGGUACCACGACAAUACGCAGAUCUCCGCGACGUCUUCAGCGAAAGGGAAGCUGACCAACUACCCCCGCAUAGACCCUUUGACUGUCAAAUCAAUUUACUCCCUGGGGCACAGCUCCCUGUAGGCAAGCUGUACGCCAUGUCAGACAGAGAGAUGCAGGAGCUAAGAGAGUUCAUUGACAAGAACCUGAAGAGAGGGUUCAUCAGAGAGUCCAGGGCGGUGGGAGGCAGCCCAGUGUUUUUUGUGGAUAAGAAAAACACGAACAAGCCGAGGCUGGUGUGUGACUUCAGGGCCUUAAAUGCAGUGUCAGAACCAGUGGCCUUCCCUAUGCCCAGGAUUGACGACAUUUUGACAAGGGUGCGGAAGGGAAAGAUUUUCACAAAGCUGGACCUAAGGGGGGCGUACAACCUGAUACGAAUAAGGAAGGGGGAUGAAUGGAAAACCACCAUGUUCACCCCUUUAGGGGCAUUUGAAUAUUUGGUUAUGCCCUUCGGCCUACAAGCAGGCUCCGCAUGCUUUCAAUCGUUUAUGAACCACGUCCUGGGGCCUUUGCUUUACAAGAAUUGUGUGGCCUUCUUAGACGACGUGUUGGUGUAUUCUGAGAAUGAGGAGCAGCAUGUGAAAGACGUCAGAGAAGUGUUGAGCAGGCUGCAAGCCAACCAGCUGUGGGUGAAACUGGAGAAGUGUCAGUUUCAUACCAAGGAGGUGGAAUUCCUGGGGUAUCGCCUGUCAGACAAGGGAUUGGCCAUGGAUCCCGGCAAGGUCCAGGCGGUGCUGGAAUGGAAAACACCCAAAACAAGGAAGGAUGUGCAGAGGUUCCUAGGAUUUGGGAACUUCUAUCGUAAGUUCAUCCGAAACUUUGCCCACCUGACGGCGCCCAUUACGGACUGUCUCAGCAGUAAGAAGAAGUUCGUUUGGACUGAGGAGGCGGAGCGAGCAUUUGAGGAACUAAAAGGGCCUUCGCCUCGGAACAACAACUCCUGCAUGUGGAUUUACAAAAACCGAUGAGAGUGGAAACUGACGCAUCAGACAGAGCGAUUGGGGCGGUGCUUCUGCAGCCAGGGAAGGAGGAGUCAGAGUGGAGACCGUGUGCCUUUUCGCGAAAGCUGAACAAAUCCGAGAGGAACUACACGGUGUAUGACCGAGAACUACUAGCCAUUCAUGAGGCGUUCCGGAGAUGGAGGCACCUGCUAAUUGGCGCACAACAUAAGGUGCAAGUGUGCACUGACCACAAGAACCUAGAGUAUUGGAGGACGGCACGAGUGCUCAACCAACGGCAAGUGAGAUGGGCCCAGGAGUUCUCCAAAUUUAACUUUGAGAUUGGUUACGUGCCAGGCCCAGAGAACAUUAGGGCGGACGCUCUCUCACGCAAACCUGAAUAUUUGGAGGGGAGGGAGCACCCGAAGAGAGACAUGUCAUUCCAGAGGACCGCUGGGUGUGUGGGGCGGCAUUGGUGGGACAAAGAGAACUGGUAGAGGAAACAGAGAAUGAUGAAUACGCCCAGAAUAAGCUCAGAGGUCUUAGGGGAGAGGGAGAGGAACCAGGGGGUUUCGAGGAAAGAAAUGGAGCUUUGUAUUACAAAGGGGCACUGUAUAUCCCUGAAGGAGAGUUAAUGGGGAGGGUACUCAAGCAGUUGCACGACAGCCCUACGGCGGGGCAUUUUGGACAACACAAAACCAUGUGGUUGGUCACCAGGGAAUUUUGGUGGCCUAAGGUGAGGGAAGAUGUACGUGAGUAUGUAAGAGGGUGCGAGCAAUGCCAGCGAGCCAAAGGGAAAGGCGGGCGCCGGCGGGGCUAUUAGAACCCUUACCAACCCCAGAACGACCUUGGGAGGCAGUGUCGAUAGAUUUUAUGACUGAUCUGCCGAAGUCCAAAGGGAAAACAGCCAUCAUGGUGGUGGUAGACCUACUAACAAAGAUGUGCCACUUUGUAGCUUGCUCGCAUGCAGUCACGGCGGAAGAGACAGCGAAGUUAUUUGUAGAACACAUUUUUAGGUUGCACGGGGUGCCAUUGAGGGUGGUCUCAGACCGAGGAAAACAAUUUACUUCCAGGUUCUGGAGGAAGCUCAUGAGCUUACUGCAGGUGGAGGUCAAUUUUUCGACUGCCCGGCACCCUGAAACCAACGGGCAGGCGGAAAGAGCAAACGGUGUCCUCCAGCAAUACCUGAGGUGUUAUGUCAAUGACAGAGAGAAUGACUGGGUAGAAAAGUUGGCGCUGGCGGAAUUUGCCUACAACAAUGCCGAGAAUGUGUCCACAGGGAUGAGCCCCUUCUUGGCUAAUUAUGGGUGUCAUCCCAGGGCUUUCCCAGGGGAGAUGGGGAGAGAUGGAGCGUCCCGGCAGCCGAGCAUUUUGUGGAAGAAAUGGAAGCAAUCCAUCGUCAGCUCCAACUCAACUUAGAAAGGGCGAAGGAAGAAUACAAGAGGCAGGCAGACAAGAACCGAAGGGAAGGUGAAACCAUAAGGGUGGGAGAUAGGGUGUGGCUGUCAACCCAAGGGUUGCCGUUCAAAGGAGGUUGUAAGAAAUUAAGACCCAGGAGGUUGGGUCCCUUUGAGGUCAUUCAACAGGUCAACCCAGUGGCUUUCAGGCUCCGGUUACCCAACCACAUGAAACUGCACCCAGUAUUUCACAGGUCGUUACUGUCACCGUACGAAGGGGGACGAGAAGGGAUGGCCACUCGGGGCCCGGUCAUAGAAGAAAGAGAAUGCAGCAGCCAUGUGGCAGAAAUCCUCGACGCCAGGUGGAAGGGGGAUCAGGUGGAGUAUUUGGUAGCGUGGGAAGGAGAACCGGAGUCAGAAAACACUUGGGUAAUGGCCGAAGAUAUCAAUGACGAGGUAUUGAUAGAAACGUUCCAUCAAAGGUUCCCAAGGAAACCUCAGCCUGUGGAGAGGUUCCGGAGGGAAUACUUUGGGACCACUGAUGAGGAGGAGGAGUUGGAAGGAUUCCCGGACUCGGAAGGGGGAGGGGAGAUGGACUCUGAGGAGGAGGAGUACUUCGAGACCAGGAACCGCAACAGGUGGAGAGAAGUGUUCGAGACAUCGGAAGAUGAAGGAAGUUCAUUCCGGGGUUUUGCCUCCUCACCGCCCGUAGAGGAGGGGGCGAGAGGGGGUGAAAGGGGUCCUGGAGGGGAGGUGGAUGUCAGGGAACUGCCAUCGGAAGGAAGGGAGGUGAAAGGGCUCACACAGGUUGGGAGAGACUCAGCAGCUGAAGAGGGAACCAGUAGGGGGAGAGGAGCUGAGCUGAGGGAAAGUGAGCUGGAGGGAUGGCUCAGAGACACUUCCAGCGAAAACAGUGGGGAGGUUUCAGGACCUCCUGUAGGAACACCCACUCCUCGCCGGAAACUGUCACGCAGAGAGUCCAGAAGACGUGUUUCCGUUAAGGAGCUUUUAUGUUGGAAGCGAUUCCGAAAGCAACCACUGUCGGAAUCUGCUAGUGACUAGAGGAGCCAUGUCUGAGGGGCUCCGUCACAGACAGAGGUUUGUGGACUUGAACAAACUCUGAGGGGAUACUAUUUUACGCACAAGCAGCUCCUCAUCCCAUCACAGUCACUAUUGCUGUGGCUGAGCCCCAUUUAUUUAUGUGGUAUCCAGCUAACAAUUGCUAUUUAAAAUGUGAUAUUAAAAAUGUGUCACUGAUGUGAAUUAUGCAUUAAUUCACAUUUCAAUUUUUUUUUUACUGUAAUUGGUAAAAUGUGUGACUGAAUUGUAAAAUAUAUUAAAACGUUGACAAUAUACAAAAUUCAUUUUUUGCUUUGUAAUCUUGAAGAAGAAAAAAUGGUGACUAGGCAUUUCUUUGUUGCACCUGUAACCUAGCUUUAAGGGGCCAUUUGGCAAAUAGCUUACAUAUCUGAGUUUCUAACACUGCUCCAAUGAGACUGCAUGAUUUAGGUAGGAAUAUAUCAAAAUGAAAUGUCAUGGUAGGCUUGGAGAUUGUAGGCGAAUAAAAAUGUGUAUUAUGUAAACAUUUUAAUUGCAGGGUUGGGAUGCAUGUCAGUCUUUCAUUGCAGAGAGCAAUAGAGCUGGUCACAAACCUAAAUGACAUUUACUUUAGUUGCUUGCUGCCAUAUUGGGCCACUCAACCACCAGUCCCUUCCUGAUCAACUUCUGUUAUCUGUUUUAGUUUUGUACUAAUAUACUAUGAACCUCUUGAUCACUUAACACAAAGUACCUGUUUUCUUCUGGCAUAGAUUGGAGGUCAGGGGCAACAAACAUAGCCUUUUCCCAUUAGCAAAAUGAACAAUCUAAUUACCUUGUGUCUCUUAUUGUAAGAAUUAAUGUUUGUAAACUGCUUCAAGAGGUUUAGAUUAAAGAUGCCAUACAAGUGGAAAGAAUUAGUCUUGAAAAUGAUGAGUUAGGUUUUUGAAACCAGGCAAAACAUGACAAGAAUUCCAACAGCGAACUGUAAUCACUUGAAGUGGUGCAUCUGCUGGGGUGUUAAAGAAUAUUAAUGUGAUUUCUUAGGGAAUGAAAGCAAGCGCUGAAUCAGUACAGCAUAUUCACUCUAUGCAGGGUCAUAAAGUCUAGCCACGUUAACAGGUGAGAUGAAGUUUGUUAGAAUUUCUAAGUUCAUCCUGUUUAAAGAUCUGUAUGCUGGAAAGUAUUACUACCAUUUCAUAUUGAGUUUAUAGAGAAAAGUUACAAUUUACUUCAAUUAAAUUAAAUGCAGCACCUUUAAAGCUCUUUUGCAUUUUAGCUUAGAACAGUACUGAGUACCUUUAUUGAUAGUUUCACAUGUUAUUUAUUUACAUGUGACUAGGAAAAGGAAGUCUUAACAAUUUUAUUUUCUGUGAAAUCAAUAUUAUUAGUGCAUCAGAGAGAGAAUUCUAGAGUUGGAAGGGACCCUGAGGAUCAUCUAGGAUCAUCUAGUCCAAUCCCCUGCCAUGCAAGAAUAUGCAGCUGUAAAUGUUCAGCAACUGUAUGUGUGGAUGAUACAAAAACCUUAAAUCUCUUUAUGCAGAAGCAAGCAAUGUGGAAAUUAGACAUAUGGCAAGAAAAUAAUUGAAUAGUGCUAUAGGAUUUGGGCUUGUUCUUGCUGUCAUUGAACACUUUAAAAAUUGUUUUAAAUGUGACCUUGCAUUUCUCAUUGAAUCCAUGUUUAUAGCAAGAUUUCUCAUACUGCAGUUUGUGGAAACACCACUGGGGAUACAUAAAUGGUUUUAUAGUUCUUACUGGCAGUAGACCUUUAAGUUCUGAGGAUUCCUGACUUUGCAAGAUUUUGCCUUUGAUGGUGGGUCAACUGCAUAUAAGAGCAAUUUUAAAAAACAAUUGAUACAGUUUAAAAUAACAGCACAUAUGUAAAAUCGCUUCAAAUCCAGUGCAGACAGCAACUAGGGAAAAGAUCUUCAUUUAGAAGGCUGGUUGAAAGAGGAAUGUCUUUAGCAGUGCCAAAAGGUGGUUGCGGCUGCACUAAAGGUCCCGUUCCAACAUUGUGUGCAAUUGAGUGCAAUGGCGCUCCUAAUGGGUUGGAACUACAGGGUCUCCUCUCCUGUGGAAUGUGGUGAUGGUCUUACCCCCUACAUAGUCAACCCAUCUUGUAGAUAUUAUCAUGGUCAUGGGCCAUGUAGGGCUUUGUAUGCCAAUAACAGCACCUUGAAACUAGUCUGGUAGAGAAUGGACAGCCAAAGCAAUUAUGUCAGUAGCACCAUAAUACGAUGGUGAUACAGUGGUACCUUGGGUUACGUACGCUUCAGGUUACGGACUCCGCUAACCCGGAAAUAUUACCUCGGGUUAAGAACUUUGCUUCAGGAUGAAAACAGAAAUCGUGCGGCGGCAGCGCAACGGCAGCGGGAGGCCCCAUUAGCUAAAGUGGUGCUUCAGGUUAAGAACAGUUUCAGGUUACGAACAGACCUCCAGAACGAAUUAAGUUCUUAACCCGAGGUACCACUGUAUACUGCCCCAGUGAGCAGUCAAGCUGUUGAAUUUUGCAGUAGCCUCAAGGGCAGCCCCAUAUAGAGCACACUGCAUUGCGGUAAUACAGUGUUCUUGAUAGAGUUGUGCUCCUGUUGAAAUAACAGGACUGAACUUGAAAAUGGGAGGCUUUGUUAUUUGAGGCCCAGAUGGAUUUGGUGAUGAAGGGCCUAUUUCUUGCUGGAUCAGGCUUGCCAGCUAGAGCCCUUCCUGGACUAGAGUAACGUGGCUGCAGUUAUUCAUGGUUUAAUAACCUCCCAGCUAGAUGACACUUAACACAGUCUUAUGUGGAGCUAUCUUAGAAUAGGGUCUGGAAGCUGCAGCUGUUGCAGAAUGCAGCCACAUGUGUUUUUGUUUUUGUUUUAAUUGGUUUUAAUUCAUUUUGUAACAUCAUACAAACAAACAAAAAACAUACAUAACACAUUCACACCAAAAAAGAAAAAAAAGUACAUAAAAAAAUUAAAAUGGACAUAAGACAACAACAGAUUGACUACAUUAACUACAUAACAUACAACACUGACUGACUUCCCUUCAUCUCAGUUUCGGAAUGUGUUAUAAGAUUUUCCUAUCUGCAGUUUCUUUUCCUCAAAAAAAUUCUUUACAUCACAAGUGUUAUAUCACACCUACUGUAAUUUUUAAAUUUUUUACCUCUGUUUCCAUGUAUGCCAUAAAUUUAUUCCAGUCUUUAUUGAACUUUGUGUCUUUUUGAUUUCUUAUUUUCUGUGUCAUUUUUGCCAAUUCUAGAUAGUCAAAUAGUUUAGAUUGCCAUUCAUUUAUGGUUGGGAUUCUUGGUGUCUUCCAAUUCUGCGCAAUUAGAGUUCUGGCGGCCACUGUCACGUACUGAAAAAGUGUUUGGUCUUCCUUUUUGAUUUCCUCUCCAAUUAUCCCCAGCAAAAAGGCUUCGGGUCUUUUUAUAAAGGUAUAUUUAAAGAUUUUUUUUUUAGUUCAUUGUAAAUAGAUUCCCAGAAUUUUCUAAUAGGCUCGCACAACCACCACAUAUGAUAAAAAUCGCUCUCCUUAAUCUUGCACUUCCAACAUGAUUUAACACCAGUUUUAUAUAUUUUUUCCAGUUUUACGGGCGUUACGUACCACCUAUACAUCAUUUUAUACAUAUUUUCCCUAAGUGUUGUACAUGCCGAGAAUCUCAUACCUUUAUUCCAUAGUGCCUGCCAUUUAUCAAACUCUAUGUUAUACCCAAAGUCCAUUGCCCAUCUCACCAUUACCUCCUUUACUUCUUCAUCCUUGGUGUCCCAUUCAAGUAACAGGCUAUACAUUUUCGCUAGAAGUUUUGUUUUGCUUUCUAGUAUUUCAAUCUGGAAUCUAGAUUUUUUCUCACUUAUCCCAUUUUUUUUAUCCUCGGUCCAGAUAGAAUUGAUUUGAUGAAAUUGGAUCCAACCUGACAAUUUGUUCUUUAUUUCUUCAUAUGGCCUAAUCCUCGAACCGGUCUCUGUUUUUACUAAUAAAUCUUCGUAGGUCCAUCUUUCUCCUUCGAUGUUUGUUUUUUUUAAUGUCAGGAUAUCGAUUGGCGAAAGCCACCAAGGGGUAUUCCGUUCCAGUAAUUUUUUGUUUCUUUCCCACACCUCCAGCAGUGGCCCUCUAAAGAUAUGGUUAGAAAAUCCUUUGUGGAUCUUUCCCUUAUUACGCCAUAGGUAAGCGUGCCAACCGAAUCUUAAAUCAAAUCCUUCUAAAUCUAACAGAUCUUUAUUUUUUAUAAUAAUCCAAUCCUUGACCCAACAAAGGCACGAGGCUUCAUAAUACAAUUUUAAAUUGGGAACUGUGAAUCCUCCCCUAUCUCUUUGGUCUGCAAGUAAUUUGAAUCUAAUUCUCGGCCUUUUUCCUUGCCAGAUGAAUUUAGAAAGUAUUUUCUGCCAGUCCUUGAAUAUUGAUGUUCCCCUAAUUAUUGGUAUAUUCUGAAAUAGGAAUAGCAGUUUCGGUAGUAGACUCAUUUUUAUUGCCGCCAUUCUUCCCGACCAGGAGAGCUUUAUUCUGUUCCAGGUAUCUAAGUCCUUCCUUAUUUCUUUCCAAGCGGUUAUAUAAUUAUCUUCCAUCAGAUUAAUGUUCUUUGUCGUUAACCAGAUUCCAAGGUAUUUUACUUUUUUGGUUACUUUAAUUCCAGUCUGAGAUUCAAGGUGGUUUUUAACCUUCUCUUCUACAUUUUUAGUCAGCAUUUUAGUUUUUGUUCUGUUUAAUUUAAAACUGGAUAGUUUCCCAAAUUCUUCUAACAGAUCUAACACCUUACUGACACUCUCUUUUGGAUCCUCCAAAGACAACAUAAGAUCAUCAGCAUAAGCUUUCAAUUUGUAUUCUUUCGCUCCUAUUUUUAUUCCGCGUCUCUCUGAAGUUUUUCUUAUCUUAUUUGUAAUUAUCUCUAACAUCAUAAUAAACAGAAGGGGUGACAGAGGGCACCCCUGCCUAGUGCCCUUCGAGAUUUCAAAGGGUUCUGUUAAGUUAUUAUUAAUAAUUAAUUUAGCACUUUGUUGUGAAUAAAUUGCUUUUAUUCCUUCCAGGAAUGUGCCCUCUAUCCCUGUCAUUUCCAAACAUUUUAUAAGAAAACGCCAGGAUACGUUAUCGAAUGCCUUUUCGGCAUCAAUAAACAAUAAAGCUGCAGGGAUUUCAUUUUUGCAUUCUAAGUACUCAAUAAUAUUUAUUGUAUGUCUUAUGUUGUCUUUUAUUUGUCUAUUGGGUAAAAAACCAGCCUGGUCGGUAUGGAUAAGAUUAACUAGGCAUUUUUUAAGUCGAGUCGCCAUUAUAUCUGCAUAGAUCUUGUAAUCAUUAUUCAAUAGUGAAAUCGGUCUGUAAUUCUUAAUGUUUAGCCUAUCCGAGUCAGGUUUCGGUAUCAGCGUAAUGUAUGCCUCUCUCCAUGACGCUGGUGUUCUUCCUCCUCUUAAAAUCUCAUUCAUUACUUCACAUAGCACUGGUGUAAUAAGUUCUUCUAGGACUUUAUAAUACUUGGCCGACAAACCAUCUGGGCCUGGGGCUUUCCCCAGUUUCAUCCUCUUUAUCGCCUCUUGAAUUUCUUCUGCUUUUAUGGGUUUAUUUAAUAAACUUCUUUCCUCUUCCGAUAUACUAUUGAUUCUGUUUUCUUCUAGAUAUUUUCCCAUUUCUAUUUCAUCUUCUUCUUCUCUUUUAUAUAGGUUUUCAUAGAAUUUAAGAAAGCUCUUUUUUAUUUCAUUAGGGUCUUCCAAGAUUUGUUCUUCUACUUUUAUUUUAUUAAUAAGAUUUUGUUUUCUUCUUUUUCUCAACUGCCACACCAGGAACUUUCCAGUUUUGUUUGCAGAUUCGAAAAAUUUUUGUUUCAUUAACUUAAUUCCCCAUUCUACCUCUUGAUUUAUUAAUGUUGAAUAUUGUGCUUGUAUCAUCUUAUACAGUUGCUUGUUCCCUUCAUCACUCGGUUUUUCUAUCAAAUUCUUUUCACAUUCUCUCAAUUGAGUGAUUAGCUCUUCCUUUUUUUGUUCUCUCGCCUUUCUUCUUUGACUAUUUUGUUGUAUCAAAAAACCUCUUAGCACUGCCUUACUGGCAUCCCAAACUAUAUCCAUGUUAGUCUCCUUGUUAAUAUUUAGAUCAAAAUAGUCUUUUAAGGUAGUUUUAGCCUUAUCAAUCACUUCUUCUUUUUCCUAUAAAUAAUCGUUCAUUCUCCAUCUGUAGAUACCCUGGGUCUUCCAAUUUAAAUGUAAUAUUAUUGGGUUGUGAUCAGAUAGUGUUCUGGGUAGUAUCUCACAUUUCGACACUCUUAUUGUUAAUUCUCUUGAUAUCCAUAUCUGAUCCAACCUACUCCAACUCUGAUGCGGCUCUGAGAAAUGUGUGAAUUGUUUUGUCAUGGGGUUUCUGAAUCUCCAUAUAUCUAUUAAAUCUAAGUUUUCCUCAAGGUCAUUAAAUGAUCUCGGAAGUUUCCCUUGAUUUAAGUUCUUCCUUUUCGAGCUUCUAUCUAAUUCCGGUUUUGGCACUCCAUUUAAAUCUCCAAGUAGGACCAAUUUGUGAUUCUCUAGAUCUAAUAAAACUUGUUCCAAUUUUUUAAAAAACUCCAUCUUGUUUGUAUUUGGCGCGUAGACCGUUACCACAUUAAGUUUUUCUCCCUGGUAGUUGAUUUGUACUCCUAGGAUUCUUCCUUCCUCAUCCUUACAUAUUAAUUUAGGUUCUAAUUUCUCUUUCACAUAAGUUACCACCCCUCUUUUCUUUGAGUCUGUAUUGAUAAAUUCUAUUCCCAACUUUUUAUUUAUUAAAAUAUGUUUGUGUUUUUUGGCAACAUGUGUUUCCUGGCAACAAAUCACAUCAAUAUUUUUUUUCUUUAUGAUUUUCUCAAAUUUAUUUCUCUUGGACUUUUCAUUAAAACCGUUCACAUUCCACGACAGAAAUUUAAGGGUCAUUUCGACUAACUAUACUUUAUCUUAAUUUCCGAUUUAAAUUCUAGUGCCUCUGUUUCCAGUAGUCUCCACCUCUUCCCCCUCCUCUUCCUCUCAAGUGCUUUGAACAGUACAACAAACGGGAUUCUUCAGGAGCUGCACUGGCCAAUUCAGGGUGUUGAUCUUAAUGUAUAAAGCCCUGAACGACUUUGUCACCACUGGAGUUGGUGUUGCAACUAUUACUUUUGCUGGUGUGUUGAGAAACAAAGUACAGUCAUACCUUGGUUGGCGAACGGCUUAGUUGCCAAACAUUUUAGCUCCCAAAUGAUAGAAAACCAGAAGUGAGUGUUCUGGUUUUUGAACAAUUUUCAGAAGCUGAAUGUCUGGUGCAGCUUCCGUGGCUUCCAAUUGGCUGCAGGAACUUCCUGCAGCCAAUCGGAAACCGCACCUUGAUUUUUGAAUGGUUCCAGGAGUUGAAUGGACUCCCGGAAUGCAUUCUGUUCGUCAACCAAGGUACGACUGUACAUGAAUGCCUCUCCCCAUAUCUGCCAAUCCAAGCCUUGCUAUCUUCAGGCGAAGCCAUAUCCUACCAAUGGGUAUAGCUGAUAUUAUGGUGAUUCAGGAUACAGUCUUCUUUAUGGUGGCACCUCAUAUGUAGAUGUUCCACCAUUUUGGAGGUACAAUUUUAUCCCUCAUCAAUGAUUUCUCAGUGGCAGCUUAAAACACAUAUUAUCAACCCAGGCAUUGGGUAUGUGUGCAACCCUAAGCCUGCUUAUUUUUUAAUGGUUGGAUGCAGUGUUUUUAAUCCUGUUAAAUCUAAUGUUUAUAUUUUGUGAUAUGCAGGUUGAAGAGUGGUCUGAAAGUAAAAUAAAAUGUGUAGAAUCUUGGUAAUAAACCGUCAUGGUUCCAUGUUUCCCAAAGUAUGGAAAUUGCUGGAAGCAGAAACUCAGGUGUAUAAGCUAAUUGCCAAAUGGUGCCUUAAACCUAGGUUGCAGUUGCCACGGUGUAAUGUCCAAGCGCUUUUUUAAAACUGUGAAAUUUAUCAUUCGUUUCUAGGUUUCUAUACUGCUUUAUAUUUUACAGAAAAAAUAUCACAGCGGUUUACAACACAUUAAAACAUCAAAUAGAGCAAUCUGGAAUAAAACAAAUUCAAGCUUCAAGGGAAAUAUUUCAGAUCUUUCACAAAGUGACAUUUUGCUUUCCCCAUAUUUAUUAACUGCUCAGUUUAUAUAGCUGCUCCAUAGCAGAAGGACUACAGGGAGCCAGGAGGUGUAGCGGUGAGAGUGUCUGACGAGGAGAUCAGGGUUCAAACCCCAUUCUGUCAUGAAGCUCACUGGGUGACCUUAGAGCAUAGUUGUCAACUUUUCCCUUCUCUUGCGAGGAAUCCUAUUCGGAAUAUGGGAAUUUCCCUUUAAAAGAGGGAAAAGUUGACAGCUAUGCCUUGGAGUCAGUAGCAACCUCUUAGCCUACUUAAUUUGUUCCGGAGGUCGGAUUAACCUGAAUUAUAAUUAUAAUAAUUAUAUUAUUAUUAUUAUUAUUAUUAUUUAAUUUAAUAAUUUAAUUUAAUUUAAUAAUUUAAUUUAAUUUAAAAUAAAUUAAUUUAAUAAUAUUAAAUCUAAUAUUAUUAAAUAUAAUAAUUAUAUAUUCUUAAAUAUAAUAAUUAUAUAUUAUUAUAUAAAAAUAUAAUUAUAAUAAUGAAUUAACCUGAAACUGUUCUUAACCUGAAGCACCACUUUAGCUAAUGGGGCCUCCUGCUGCCGCCGCGCCGCCAGAGCCCGAUUUGUGUUCUUAUCCUGAAGCAAAGUUCUUAACCUGAAGUACUAUUUCUGAGUUAGCGGAGUCUGUAACCUGAAGCGUAUGUACCCGAGGUACCACUGUAUUCCUUGGAGAAAAAGGUGGGAUAUAAAUGCAAUAAAUAAACUCUGCUGCUGACCUACUUAAGAAAGCUGGAGAGGAAUGAAUGUUAGAGUGAUGUUGGAUUGAAAUUAAGUGGCUUCUAGCUGUACAGGCUUUAAAGUUAUAAAUAUAUCAAGAUUAAGGAUUAGGAUUAAAAAGGUUAAAAGAAUGGAAAAAUUGGUUUUUAAUAGGUAAAAAUUUAAUGUUAUACUGUAUUAAGAUUAAGGAUUGGGAUUAAAAAGGAGGGAAAGGAAUUGCUGGACUAACAAAUUGAAUUGGAAUACAAAAGAGGGAGGUAUGAGGAGGUCCGGGAAACAAGUAAAUGUAAAAGUAGUGAUGAAAAGAGGGAAUUGUUUUUAACUGUUUUUUCUUUUCUUUUCUUUUUUGUAUUUUGUAUUUUGCAUUUUGCAUUGUGUAUUUUUCUUUCUAUUCUUGAAUUUUUCUUUUUUUGUUGAUGUGAUUCUUUCUUUGUGAAACUUUAAUAAAUAUCAUUUAAAAAAAAAAGAAAGAAAGCUGGAGAGGCCAGCCAGAGGGAGAUGUCUGUCACCAACCUAGCAACCAGAGAUCUCCAUGUAGUCCCAGUUGGACCCUUGUCAGUCGCAAAAAGCGCCUGGCGCCUGGGAAAUUUCUAACAGUGGCUGGAAGUGAGAGGUGUGGCUCAGUCUGCGGAAAAUCCAGUUACAUCAGGCUUGAGAUAGUGCUGCAGGGAAGAUUUUGUGGGGAAAGGAAAGGAAGUUGCCUAGUGAGCUGUGGGCAGGGCUGUAUGUACUGUGCCUUAGAAAACCUAUUAAGUAUAACAUAUUAAAAUACUAAAUAUUGACACCUAUAAAUCUGGUGUCAAUAUUUAAAAUUACUUGGACUCCUUUUGAAUUUUCCUCCACUGUUUGUUAUAUGUAUUGCCAGCUUGACUAGUUCCAACUUAAUACAUUCCUAUAUAAUUCUAUUAUGUUAUUAUUUUAAACAGGCUCGAUCUAUGAUAAGUAUUGGCCUUGGUGUUGCAGCCAUUGCUUUUGCUGGUAAGUUGGGGGGGGGGGAGACAUUGUGUGUGUGUGUGUGUGUGUGUGUGUUUAGAAACAAAUGUGUCACCCAUUACUGCAUUUCUUAAGACAAACUGAAUAGUAAUGGAAUGUGUUUUAAUGAGAAAAGGACUUGAACUUCUUUUUAUAUUGUAAUAUUUUAUAUUUUAUAUAUUUAUAAUGGGCCUGCUGGGCCCUGGAUUGCUUACUCUAGCUAGCAGUGUCUCUCCAGUGUCCUAAGCAGGAGGCUUCCCAACCAAGGAAAUAAAUCUGAGUAGAAAGAUUUCCCCUGAAAUUCACAAGGCAGGUUUAUAAAAGACUUGCUUAUUAACAUAAGAAUUUUGCUAUUCCUAAUGAUUCUCUUAAAAGACAGCUUUCCUGGUGAUGCUAUAAAUGGGAGAUGUGCCUGCCAGCUCAUCGUGGUGCAUUGCUGGGCUUGCCUCCAAAAGCAGCCACUCAGGGAACGUUUUGAAUCAGGAAAGGGCAACAAUUUGGACCUUCAGACAAAUGAGAUGAAAAAUUGGAUUCUUCUCUGUUUUCUUGCAGAAAUUACUGUUGCUGCAUGCUUGCUUAGCAGAUGAACAGAUGUUAAAUUGCCUUUUGUUUCAAUAUUUUAUAGGUCGUUAUGCAUUCCAGCUCUGGAAACCACUAGAACAAGUAAUCACGGAAACAGCAAGGAAAAUUUCAGCCGCUGUAAGUUUAGAGCUCAGGUCUCUCUGGUGAGAUUAUAAGCUUGAGAGAGACAGAGAUAACGUUGCAGGAUAAGUAUACCUAACCCUGACCCAACUAGGUGAUGACUACAAUAACAGAACAGGGACUCAUUCACUUCCUGUCCCACCAUGGCUGUAAGUCUGGGCAGUCAAGGGACUCUCAGGUAUAUGGUUACCACAUUUCCUUUACAUUUAUUCCAGUCCUGGGUGGAAGUGAAACCUGAGGGUGCAAGGCAAGCAGCCAGCCUACUUGUCCUUCACUAGAAUCCAAAGUAGUUAGCUUUCUUCUGUCAAAUCCCACUUAUACCUCAUGUAGCAUUGAGCCAAAGGGUCUAGGGCAGAUGACAGUAUCUCCUUGAGUCUUGCAGGCAAUAGCCAAUUUUAAGAAGCUUGUUUAGAAAAGGCAAGAGGACAGGCGUAAAAAGCAGAAUUAAGAAAAAUAACAUUUUAGUUCAACUAUCCAUUUCAUGUCUUCCAUAUUAACUUUCCCCCCUUCUUUUGGUUCUGUGCACACAUGUUUUCCCUAGGUCUUGCCAAUCACAUCUUUUUUAAAAUUGUGCAUUCAAAUAAUGGCUUGAGAUAGUAAACCAUUACUAUGCGUAAUUCCUACGCAUUUCUACAGAGCAAAUAAGUGCAUCCUUCCAAUUUCCAGUUUUACUCAGUUUAGUUGUAUAAAUCAGGUUCCAGAUCAACUAGUUCGCUUGGAGGAAAUCUUUUGAUCCCUCGAUGCAAAUGAAAUUAGAUUCAAAGGGACUUUGAUCAAUAUUAAAGCUACAGCUUUAAAUAGAAGUUCAAUAUAUUCAGAAUCACACAAAACGUAGGAAAGAGCACCCUACUAAUACUUUAGGACUUAGGAGUUAAGAAUCAUUUUUGAAAACUACAAAGAGACCUUAUGACUUACUUUUUUCUCUCAGCUAUUGUGUCAAAUAUGACUACUUUACAGUAGAUACAAUAUGAUUUUAUCUCCUCUAGCAACAGCAAAAGUCUUGUUCCAUUGAUCAUAUUUCAAAACCAAAUCUGAUCUUUUUAAAGCAGAGGUUGGAUGGCCAUCUGUCAGAGAUGCUUUAGUUGAGAUUCCUGCAUUGCAGGGGUUGGACCAGUUGACUCUCAGGGUCCCUUCUAACUAGAUUCCAUACCACUUGCCACAUCAGUCUGGAGGCAGAGUAACAACACAUUUAUAAAAUGUACUAUUCACAUUAAAAUCAAUAUACACAGGGCAGAGUUGAAACAUAAACAGUCUGUUGGAAUUAAACACUUGUAAAGUCCUGGGGACAUAGAUAUAUUCUUAGUAGGCAUCAAAACUUCAUCAGUGUUGGCACCUGCCUGAGCUCAGAGGGGAGGUGAUUUAUUAAGAAGGGUGCCAUCACCGAAAAGCCUCUUCCUCUGGAUGCCUCCUCAACUGAUUGUAACACUUGAAUAGGGCAAGAGAGGUGAAGAUGCUCCCUUACAUCACCUGCUCCCAAACUGUUAGGGCAGGCAUAGGCAACCUCAGCCCUCCAGAUGUUUUUGGGACUACAAUUCCCAUCAUCCCUGACCACUGGUCCUGUUAGCUAGGGAUCAUGGGAGUUGUAGUCCUAAUACAUCUGGAGGGCCGAGGUUGCCUAUGCCUGUGUUAGGGCUUUACAGGUGAGGACCAAAACCUUAAACUUGGCCCAGUCGGUUAUUGGUAGGCAGUGCAGCUCGUUUGAGAGCAAUGCCGUGCGACUGCCGCAUGACAAAAUGUUGAGUUGCCUAGCUGCUACUUUUUGCCCUAGUUGCAGAAUUGAAUCAAGGUCAUUAUACCUCACACACAGAUCAAAUUACUUCAUCUUGUCUCUCCCAUGCAGAAUCUUUCUUCCUAUUAUAAAGGCGGAUUCGAACAGAAAAUGAAUCAUCGAGAAGCUAGUCUUAUUCUAGGCACAAGGUAAGUGUUUUGCAUUGAAACAGAAUCUAUUCAGUGCCAAAGCCUGAAAGAAAAGUGGUGUGAAAUGUGGGGUAGACCCAUCUUAUCCAGUAGUUUUAUUAAGGAUAAAAAGCACUAAAAGAAGUGGCCUGCAAAAAUUACCCAGUUUGCUGUGUUGAAAGAACUAUUGGUAUUUAUUUACCUUUAUAUACUUGUAUACUUCUGCCAAUAAAUUCAAAAUAGCUUACAAAAUAAAAAAAGUGGCUUAUACUAAAUUGAACAGUACAGAAAGGAUGAAGAUGGAAGGGGGAAAUUAGCAAAUUUGGGUACUAAUUCUCCCGUAUUAAAAACAGUUUUAAGUGGCGCAUUCAGUUAUACUUCUGCAGUUUUGCACAUGUUUAAUUCUACAUGAUUCAGAACAUGGAUGACUUAAAAUCUAUGCUUUGUGCACGUGAGCUAGUCAGAAGGAAUCCUGUGUAGACUGAGUGUGUAACCUCUGUAUGGGUCAACCAGUCAUUUGGGGACAUUUCCUCCCUCCCCCCCCCCCCAGCAGCCCAUGUGACCCAUUCCCUCCCCCUCCCACCCUUCAAUAUUUUACCUGAUAGGCCAGCCCUGCUAAGCAGCCUCCCAAUUUCCUCCCCCAAGCCCAUGAUUCUUCACUCUGCUCAGUUCAUUAAACUACACGGCCCAAUGCCUACAAGCGGAACUACAUUAUAACAAGCGCUCAGUCUCCCUCACACCAGCCAUGUAGACCUGGAUUUGUGGGCGUCAGCCCUACUCCCAGCCAGGCUAAAGGUAAAGGAUUUUCCCUGAAAUUCACAAGGCAGGUUGUGACCCACUCUAGGGCUGCAGCGCUCAUCUCGCUUUAUUGGCCGAGGGAGCCAGCGUACAGCUUCCGAGUCAUGUGGCCAGCAUGACUAAGCCGCUUCUGGCAAACCAGAGCAGCACACGGAAAUGCCGUUUACCUUCCCGCCGGAGUGGUACCUAUUUAUCUACUUGCACUUUGAGGUGCUUUCGAACUGCUAGGUUGGCAGGAGCAGGGACCGAGCAACGGGCGCUCACCGCCUCGCGGGGAUUCGAACCACCGACCUUCUGAUCGGCAAGUCCUAGGCUCUGUGGUUUAACCCACAGCGCCACCCGCCUCCCCAGCCAGGCUACUGUUCCGCAAACAUGAGCUCUGAGAAACAGAUUGGAGUAAACUUUGUGAUGGCCUCACUGAAGAGGACACACCAGUUGCCCCCCACAAACAGCAGCUAUCUAAACAACAGAUAAAGGGGAUGAGGCCCUUCCAUAGAUCUCUGGGCUGGAUAUUCCCAACAGGGCUGCUGCAACACAGUAGUGCCCACGCUGGUGGACCUGUUGGGAAAAAGAUGUACUCUUACAGCCUGAUUUGAUAGUCCACUCUCUCCACUGAAUGGUAAGAGUUGGAAGGCAUCCCGAGGGUCGACUGGUCCAACCCUCUGCAAUGCAGGAAUCUCAACACGCGGUCCCCCAUCCAAUUUGAAACCCUGCUUAGCUUUGCAAAUGUGCUAGCAGUUUUAUUGCUGCACCACUAGGAGGGGGUUUCUCCAUCUCAUGCUCCAGCAAGACACUUUCUGUCAGUGCCGUGUGUUUUGACUGUUGGCACUGCUUGCAUGUGUCUCGUACCACUGAUCAGCACAGGUGAAUACUCGUGUAAAUGUGUGUAGACCACUCUCAAAAGAUCCCCAAAACGCAAAGCUAUGGAUUACUUUGAAACUUCAUUCUUCAAGGAUGUAAUACUGUCGCUUCCCCACCAGAUGGCAAAUACCUCUAGAUGUUGAAACAAAAUGAAAAAAAAUCCUUCCAGUAGCACCUUAGAGACCAUAGAAUCAUAGAGUUGGAAGAGACCACAAGGGCCAUCAAUUCCAACCCCCUGCCAAGCCGGAAACACCAUCAGAGCACUCCUGACAUAUGGUUGUCAAGCCUCUGCUUAAAGACCUCCAAAGAAGGAGACUCCACCACACUCCUUGGCAGCAAAUUCCACUGUCAAACAGCUCUUACUGUCAGGAAGUUCUUCCUAAUGUUUAGGUGGAAUCUUCUUUCUUGUAGUUUGGAUCCAUUGCUCCGUGUCCGCUUCUCUGGAGCAGCAGAAAACAACCUUUCUCCCUCCUCUAUGUGACAUCCUUUUAUAUAUUUGAACAUGGCUAUCAUAUCACCCCUUAACCUCCUCUUCUCCAGGCUAAACAUGCCCAGCUCCCUUAGCCGUUCCUCAUAAGGCAUCGUUUCCAGGCCUUUGACCAUUUUGGUUGCCCUCCUCUGGACACGUUCCAGUUUGUCAGUGUCCUUCUUGAACUGUGGUGCCCAGAACUGGACACAGUACUCCAGGUGAAGUCUGACCAGAGCAGAAUACAGUGGCACUAUUACUUCCCUUGAUGUAGACCAACUAAGGUUGUUUUUGGUAUGAGCUUUUGUGUGCAUGCACACUUCUUCAGAUGCUUUGAUAUCUCAAGAAGUGUGCAUGCACAUGAAAGCUCAUACCAAGAACAAACUUAGUUGGUCUCUUAAUGUGCUACUGGAAGGAUUUUAUUUUUUUUGUUUCGACUACGGCAGACCAACACAGGUAGGUAACAGGUAGUUACCUACCUGUAACUACCUCUAGAUGUUGUUUAUCAGAAGAAAACAAUUUUGCUAAUUUAGAGCCCGCAAGAAUCUUUAUUUAUGGUAAACACUCUAAAUUUAUCUUUACAGUCCAUCCGCUGGGAAGGCCAAGAUUAGAAAUGCUCACAGACGAAUCAUGCUUUUGAAUCACCCUGAUAAAGGUAAGCUUUGCGUUUCAUAAAUAUUAGUUGAUAGGUAACGUGCUGCCAGACCUUCUCUCUUCACAUGUGUAUGAAGCAAAACACUAAUCACUAACUUCACAAAUUCGCUGCAGUGCAUUUCAAAACAUAUCUUGGAAGUGUUGCCUGCAGUAUGAGACAGAUUUGCAUCCGGUCUCUGUGAUCCAAAGGAAGGAAUGUAUAGCUGCCUUUGGGGUCAUUUACUUGAUCACAAACUAAGUAGCUGUCAAACAUAGCGUGAAGAACCACUGUGUGAAGUAGCUCACUUUUGAAGAAGGGGAAACAUUAACCAUGAAGCUGCAAAAAUCCAUGUCUAUAUGAACAGAGUAUGUGUAGCCAUAAAUAGACAAACACAUUUUUGAGCAGAAUGUCAUACAAAUGUAUGUACUAGAUUUUAGCACUCUUAAAAACUAUAAAACCAGGCACAGAUGUUUUAACUAGCCAGGUUUUUAAUGUAUGUAUCUCCCCAAAAAGCUCUUAUUAUAACUUUAACUACACUACAGCUGGUUGAGAAGGAAAGCCCAUAUGUUCGUUGCUGUUUGUACUUUGAUACAACAGAUGGUAUAGAGUUGCACAGUAUUUAAAAAGCCAAAAGGGGGGAAGUGAAGACUUUUAUAUCUCGUUGACAGAUUUAUAGUUUAUUCCUUCUCAUUUCAGGAGUAUAAAAUUAAUUCUGACCUCAUUAAGGUGAAAGGUGUGGAGCACACCAUUUCUUAUUUCUUCCUGCCCCUCUUUUUACUAGUAAUUUAUUCAUUAAAUAAAUCAAUAAAAUUGGAUUUACUCUGUAGAUGCAGGAACAAGACAAUGAUGGAAGAAAACGCAUUUGGAGGCAAACAAAGAAGUGUAAUUCUGUGGUCAAAACACUGCUGCUUAACACCUUGGAGAGUCACGGGCAAAGGGAAGAGGUUUGCAGUUCAGCUGCAGUGAAGGGGGAGUUGCUAUAGCACAAAACUCUAAUGGCUCCCCAGCACCCACAUACACAUGUGCAGAAUGCUUUUGAGACAGCACCGGGCGCAAUCCUUCCUUCCGUUUCACCUAGCCCAUCCAUCAUUCCGAACCAUAAAAGGGCUCGACAUAUAACAGAUCUCUUGGCCCAGCAUGAAGUUUUAGUUGUCCAAGCGACCUUCAUGGGAUUUUUCCAUUCCAGUUUCCCACAGGAGGUCAAGCUCAUUCUGAUAAUUUUUAGGGGCUGGGCCUUGACUAAGACACUUCUGCUGGCAUCAGUCAACUUCCUAGACAUCAAUCAUUGUCAGCAACAGAAGCCGUGGCAGCUCCAAGAGCAGUCGUGGGAAUGCUGCAGGUACAAUGUCUUGCGCAAUGCCAAUUUCCUUAAUGGAGGUUUGCUUUGAAAAAGCAAUCGCAACAGGUGAAAUAACAUUAGAUUCAAAUAUUAGAAGAGUUGAAAAGACACAGCUGACAAAUGUAGAUCAUAUCAUGUUUUCAUAUCUGUGGCCUAGUUUGUAUUUUUGCUCUGUCUCCAUGCCUAUUAUCCUCUGACGGAGGCCGUAUUAUAGCCAGUUGUAAUAUGUCCCUGCAUGGGACAUUUUGAGAGGCUGUGGCAAUAAUCUCUAUGCUGUGUAAGCUAUAUGCUGCUCUUUAGUGAUUCCAAGGCUAACACAGAUAAGGAACAUCAUCUGCUUGGGAUUCUCCCAGUUACUGCACUUUCAGCAAUGAGAUUUGAGGCCAGCCAAUUUACAGCAUUGCCCUGGCGGAGUAAUAUUGUGUAUUCAGGCAUUAUAUACCUGAAUAAACGUUGGGGCAGGUUUCUGGCGUAGAUAUUUACACGCUCCUAGACACAGAUAAAAAUAUAUUGAUUAGUGACUACGGUAAAAUCUCCUGAUGGGAGAACAUAAUACAGUAUCAAAGAAUCACAAGUGUUGUUGCUGUUACAUCCAUAUUCCAUGAUAUGUUUUUUAUCUACCGGGUAUUUCUGUUCCUGUUUGUCGAGAUCCUUAUCAGGAGCAUGUGCAAUGCAACACUCCCUGCCCCUCUUCAGAGUUUGGGGCUUCAGGGUUCUCCUUUUACCCACAAGAUACCCCACUUCCACCUCACCAGAGCAUAGUUUCCUUCCUCGUCUUUCACUUGUUUUUCUCUUCUUUCCCUUAGCCCACCUGUAUGGCAACAUCCGCCCAAUGUUCUAGCCCCCUCUCCCUCCCCACAUUAACCAAAGGUGAUCUAGACACCUCACUUUGAGAAGCUGUAUCCUGUCGACAUGUACUAAUUAUUUGUGGGUUUUUUCUGUUCCUGUUAAAGGCACUAUGGACUUCACUUCAGUAUGCAUGUUAGGAUUUUGUUGUGUGCAUGCUCAGAUUCCUGCUGUGAAAGUGCUGCAGAAUGUAUUGUAUCUUUCCCACUUGUCUUCUUGCUUCUCUGAUGCUAACAUAAUGUUAUACAAGAUGUGGGGUGUACAAAAUGUCUUUGCCCAUGCAAGGUUUCAUGUAUCCUGCGGCAUCUUGCUUCAGAUGGUGUUUAUUCUAUGCAGGGGCCUAUAUGCAUGUAGCAUUGCACAACUUUGCUCCUUCCUUCCCUCCCGACCCUAAAUGCAGAGGGGUCAGCACGUGGAUUAAAAACUAUAAAAAGAAAGGAACCAAGUGCAGGGUUCUCAUAGCAUAGUAAUCUGUAGAUGGAAUUUCUGUUGUAUGUGAUUCCUCCAAGCAGAUGCUUAGAAAAGGUUGUUUAUAACGUUCUGCAGUGGAAAGCACAUUGUCCCAGAAAAACAUCUAGGUGUUUGUUGCUGCACGGUGAGCUCCUGACAACAGACCUUUGGUUGUUAUUUUCAGUGGCAGGAGGCAGAUGGUUGGCACUCGAGGAGAGUGAAAAAAACAAACAUCGAGGCUGCUGAACUGUAAUCAGAUUGUUAGAUGGGCUGGAAAGCAGUAGCAGCGUUGAGGACGGGGAAGAAGAAGGCAGUAUUCUGUGCCUAACAGCAUUAAUGUGAUGCAUUUGGCUGGUAUGCCUGUGCCUUAACUGAAAAAUGGGGCAUGUUUGCAGUGCACACCUAAUGAUUCUACGUUAAAAUAUUCCUGCUGGAGUUUCCUUCAAAGCAUGCUGUCAAAAAUAAAUUAAACAUGGUGCGGUACCUUAAUCUGCCUGUGGUCUGAGGAUUUGAUGCUGUUACUGCACAACGAUAUAUCUGUCCUUGUGGAAUUGAUCUUGGGAAAGCAAUCCUAACUUUCUUAUGAUGGAGAGCAGUGUUUCCUUGCCUCUAGGUCAGGAGUGGGGAACUUCAGCGCCUGGUGAAGAGCCUCAUCCAUGGCUCUGCCCACCACUGGCAUGCGGCCCCUGAAAGGCUGCCCAUGAGAGAAUAUGGCCCUCGGGUUCUAAAUGUUCCUCAGCAAUGACAUAGACUUCAAAGCCCAGCACUGGCCUGGAAUGACUUUGAAGAAAUCAGUGCUUCACUUCAUUCAUUCAUUGAAAAGAUAUCGAUAUUGCUCUUCAGCAGAAGUUUUGGGUCGGCUAAGAUGAAACACAAGCAGCUUAUUAAGAAGCCUGGGAAAACACAACAUCUUGUCUGGUGCUGAAAGUGUGUUGGCACCAGGUAGGCCUCACUGGGAAGGGUUUCACAAAUGGUGUGCCACCACUGCGAAGGCUCUGAAUUGCAACACUCCAAAUUUUUGCUUGUGGAUAUUCCAGAGAACCCACUGCCUAACAAAACGAGACAUUAGCCAGUCAAUAGAUUUAGGAAAGUCAGUUGUCUUGUGUCUUAACCUGAAAUGCUAUACUAUACCUGGGAGUAAGUUGAACCCUAGUGGACUCUAAUGGAAUUUACUUCCAAGUAGACAUGGAUAGAAUUGCGCCAUCAGAAAAAGCAGUUUGAUUGCCCUUAGGAUUGUGGUUCAUUGUGAUACUUGUGUCAAUUUCUUGUUAGAAAGUUAAUGAAACUUGGUGAGAUGACAUGUGAAAUUUACUUUCCAUAACUGCAGAGUAGGCUUAUUGUUAAAUCCAGCAUUAUGUAGUCUUCACUUUAUUCUCUCUUCUCUUUAUUUAGGUGGCUCUCCUUACUUGGCAACGAAAAUCAAUGAAGCGAAAGAUUUGUUGGAAUCAAGCAGUAAACAUUAGGGCUUCAGGAUUCUGUUUCGUUAGGAAGCAUCGUAGAUCGUUCAGCUUACUCCUGUAAAGCAGCUUUCUGUUUUGUGUUGGAUGCUAUUGUUGGAUCUGAUCUUCAGCUACAGUGUAUUCAGAAAGUUGAAUUUGUAAUUUCAAGCACUUAAUAAUAAAAUUCACUUUCAGUAUU